CAGGUCAGCUCAAACAUGGAGAAAGGAGCAGGGAGACAAAGAGGAGGUGAAGAGGAGGAGAUUCUAGAGUUGGAGGAGACAGGUGCAGCAGGGCAGUGGAGGGAAACGGAGGUGCUGGCUCUUCUGUCAGUGUGGGGGGAGCUGGGAGCAGCUCAGCAUUCAGGUGUAUGCAGUAGAGCCACAUUUGAAUGCAUCUCAGAGCAGCUGAAAAGGCUGAGCGUGCUGCGUGGCUGGAGGGAAUGCCAGGCCCAGUGCAGGAGGCUGGGACUUCAGGGCAGGAAGGCUGAACAGCCAGGCACAUCCAUCAACUACAGCCAGGGGGAAGCAGCCAUGAUGGACACCCAAAUGAACCAAAGUGACUGGGAGGAAAAGGAGGAUCUUACCAGUGAGAAAGAGGCUCACUCUUCCUCAGUCAUAAUACAGGAAGGAGGCCUGUGUCAGAUUCUUCACGAGGCUCUCCCUUAUGCCCAAUACUUGGGCCCUGAGGGGGGCCGCCAUUGGACAGAUGAGGAGGUGCGAGCUCUGCUUUCUGUCUGGUCUGACCGCCACGUCCGCCAACGCCUCAAAGGAACGUUACGCAACAAGGCCAUCUUCCAGGAGAUGGCCCGCUGCAUGCAUAGGGGCUUCGGAGUGGUGCGCAACUGGAAACAAUGCCGCACUAAAUACAAGAACCUCAAGUAUGAGUACAAGACAGCCAAGAGUGCCCAGGACGCUGCAGGCAGCAGUGGAAGUGGCCCAGGAAGGUACAUGAAGUUCUUUGAUGAGGUAGAGGCCAUAGUGCUGGACAGGGGAUUUGAAGGGUGCCAGGAUAUGCAGAGAGGACCUGAAGGGGACCAGGGAGCUGGGCGGCUGGGCCUUCUGGAAGGCAAGACUCAGUCUAAAGAACCUGAAGGAGACCUGGUCAUUGAGAUAGACGAUGAUGACAACAGUGACGAUUAUGAGCUAGACACAGACCAAAACCAAAGGGAAUCAGGAGUCCAUCUAUCACCAUUGGAUCAAUCUAGCUCCGAGCAGUUCCACGUGGUAACGGUGUCUGACACAGGCCGGAACUGGAGUGACCAGGAGGUGCAUGCUCUGAUCCAGGUGUGGUCGGAGGAGGGUGUGUGCAGGCAGCUGGAGAGCUCCACCAGGAAGAGGGAUAUCUUUGUGCAGAUCUCCUGCCGGCUUCUGCAGCAGGGGGUGGAGCGCGACUGGAAGCAGUGUCACACCAAAUACAAGAACCUCAAGUACCUGUAUCGCUCCCUACAGAGGGGCAGGGCUGACAGCACAGACCCACGCCGUCUCAUGAGGUUCUAUGAUGAGGUGGAUGCCAUUUUGACCAGGUCGGAUAGUGGACCUGCCAUGGGAUAUGAGGAACAAGCAGAGGCUGGCGCCAUUUUGGCUGGGGCCAUGAUGGGGUUUGAGGAUGACACAGAUGCCAUGACUUGUCCAGUUAACUCUUACACAGCUCAAAGCUAUGAGGUUAUCCCAAAGAAUGAGGACAAACAAACACACACAGACAAUUCUGAUACCGAUAAAAGACAGGAUCUGACUGCAAAAAGAGGACUGAAAAGGAAAGCAUUGAUUCAAGAAACCUGUAGAAUUGUGAAGAAAAAUGAUACUGGGAGCAGCUGUGCUGAGAGUAUUGAUUUCCAGUGCAAAUUGGAGGAGGAACAAAACAUUCCCAUUACAGAGAUCAACUCAGUCUACUCAAUGGCAGCUUAUGUCCGACAAAAACAGGUUUUCAGAUUAUCUACCAACAUGGCACCUGCAUCAGUGCUGAAACUUGGACAGAAACUAAAUGAGGGAAAGACCAAGCAGAUAUUCGAGCUCGUGGAUGAGCCAGGCCAUGUUCUGGUCCAGUCCAAGGACCAAAUCACGGCCGGGAAUGCGGUGAGGAAGGACCAGAUGGAGGGUAAGGCCGCGAUAGCAAACAGAACCACGAGCUGUGUUUUCAAGCUACUGCAGGAAGCGGGCAUUAAGACAGCCUUUGUAAGGCAGCAGUCGGAGACUGCGUUCGUGGCGGCCCACUGUGAGAUGAUCCCCAUUGAGUGGGUCUGCCGGCGGGUGGCUACUGGAUCCUUCCUGAAGAGGAACCCAGGCGUCAAGGAGGGCUACAGGUUCUCCCCUCUGAAAAUGGAGAUGUUCUUCAAGGAUGAUGCCAACAAUGACCCUCAGUGGUCGGAGGAGCAGCUGCUGGAGACUAAGUUCUCUCUGGCUGGGCUCAACAUCGGCCGCUGUGAGGUGGACAUCAUGAACCGCAGCACUGUUGCCAUCUUUGAGGUUCUGGAGAGGGCCUGGGCCACCCAGAACUGCACACUGGUGGACAUGAAGAUUGAGUUUGGUGUGAAUGUGCACACCAAAGAAAUUGUGCUUGCUGAUGUGAUUGACAAUGAUUCCUGGAGGCUGUGGCCUGCGGGAGAUCGGAGUCAGCAGAAAGACAAACAGGUGUACCGGGACCUGAAGGAGGUGACUACUGAGGCCAUGCAGAUGGUGAAGAAAAACUUUGAGUGGGUCUCUGAAAGAGUGAAGCUUCUGCUGGAGCCCAAGGCCUGUGGCAGAGUGGUGGUUCUGAUGGGCUCCACCUCUGACCUAGCCCACUGUGAGAAGAUCAGGAAGGCCUGUGGCUCCUACGGAAUCCACUGUGUCCUCCGAGUCACCUCUGCACACAAAGGACCAGACGAGACUCUUCGCAUCAAAGCUGAAUACGAAGGAGACGGAGUACCAACUGUGUUUGUGGCUGUGGCGGGCAGAAGCAAUGGCCUUGGUCCAGUGAUGUCAGGAAACACCGCCUACCCAGUCAUCAAUUGCCCUCCUAUCACCCCUGACUGGGGGGCACAGGACAUCUGGUCAUCUCUUCGCAUGCCCAGCGGUCUUGGCUGCUCCACAGUCCUCUCCCCUGACGCUGCAGCCCAGUUUGCAGCUCAGAUCUUUGGGCUCAGUGACCACCUGGUGUGGUCCAAACUGCGGGCCUCCAUGCUCAACACCUGGGUGUCUCUGAAGCAGGCUGACAAGAAGCUGCAGGCCUGUAGCCUGUAAGGAGCCACCUGUACUGUACCAUUCCAAACCCUGCCAGAGCUCUCUAAGAUGGGCAUUGUGAAGGGUCACUGCUUGGCUGUGUCAUGUCUAAUGAAAUAUUUACCAUGUAAAAUCAGCCCUACAACACAUUUCUCUAAUCAUUCCCUUAAUAAAGUGAUUCAUGUGUAUAAACA